GCGAGACAGGGAGGAGGAUGAGACAGUCUCCUGAAGGCGCUGGUGACACGGCUCUACAAAUACCAAGUUGGAGACCCGAGACUGAAAGCAGGAGCCAAGAUGUCUGUGCCAUCUUCCCUCUGACUCCGUCCCCGGUGUUCAUCCAAGGCUGGUGUGGUGCUUGAGUGGGAGCCACUACCACCUCGGCUGUCCUCUAAGGCACUGUGUUUUGGAACGCCGUGAUACCUGGUCAGACCUUGAGGGUUUCCCAUCCCCAUCCCUGGUCCUUUGCAGCCCACCUCUAUGCCUUUUGACUCCCAGAGAGGAUGUCUCUACCAAAAAUCCAAAUAGAAGAGGCACUGGACAGCAUGGAUGCUGGCUCUGGAGGUGCUGCUCCUCCUGAUGACCACCUGAGGACCCUCAAGGCAUUGACAGAGAAGCUGAGACUGGAGACCAGGCGCCCUUCCUACUUGGAGUGGAAGGCAAAGUUAGAGGAGCAGGCAUGGAAGAGCCCCCAGCCAGCAGGAGAGGAGGAGGAGGAGGCAACUGAGGCCAAAAAGGUCACGGGUGAGACUGUCCCCUUGAGGAAGGUGCAGCUGCAUCUUAAUGGCAGCCCUGCCCAGGACAAAGUGACUCUUACAUCAGGAAGAAUAGGUGGCUUCGAGAGCAUCGAUGAAGCUUUGAUGUGGCUUAGGAAGGAAUUGGCAGAAAUGCGCCUGCAGGACCAGCAGCUGGCAAGGCAGCUCAUGCGUCUUCGCAGCGACAUCAACAAGCUGAAGAUCGAGCAGACCUGCCACCUGCACCAGCGCAUGCUCAAUGAUGCCACAUAUGAGCUGGAGGAGAGGGAUGAGCUCUCCGACCUCUUCUGUGACUUCCCACUCAUGAGCUCCUUCAGCCUCUCCACACCACUGAAGCUCAUUGGAGUCACCAAGAUGAACAUCAACUCCCGCCGGUUCUCGCUGUGUUGAAGGGGGGAAGGAGAAGGAAGGAUGGGGGAGAAAGCGAGAGAGGACUGGGCAGCACCAGGGAUCUCUCCACCUGACGGCUGGGUGAAAAGAGGCCAAAAAGGAGCAGAGGGAACAGGAGCAAACAGGGAACCCACAACUGGUCUUGGUGGCAGGGUGGAGCAGCAGAGUGAGGCACUGAGAUGGCCCAGAGAUGCUUGUUGAGAAGACAGGACCUGCAUGGAGGAAGCAUGGAGAGCAUCUGAACCCAACUGUGCACUUAGCCUGCUCCUUUGCAAAGUCUUUUCUCCUCCUCUUCCCCCCACAGUAACUCAGAGGAUGAAGCUCCAGUGUGGUUGGUUGUACUCAAAAAUCAAAGAAGGGCAUCAAAGAUCAGCCACAAAGCAAAGUAAAAUCCCUCUUCCCUUCCCCUUUACCUCCUCCCAGGCUAGAGUCGACUCAUCAGAAAAUAAGUCACUCUCCUCCAUGGAUGUCUCCUUGGAUAUCAAUCUUCAGCCUCUGCUGACCCAAGCACAAGGUCCAAGGGGCUAUUUUUGGUGGGAAGCUGAUUUCUAGUGGAAAGGAACCCUCCUAGCAGGUGAGGGACUGUGGUAGGCAGCCCCAAGAAAUGGUGAGAGAAGGAAGAAGACUUGCUCUGUUGAGUCCAGUGUACUCUAGCUUGAUUUUGCCUGUGGUAUAGAUUAUGGACAGACCAUGGACACAUUUAUAUAGAGAAUACAGCUGGACAGAAGUCACCUGUGUGCCCUAGAAGGCAUACCCAGAGCAAUAUGUGUUUCUGAUCUUGUUGUCAGCAGUGACCACAAGACACCGUGUGGUUACCCCCACAAGCAGUAAAGCAAAGGAGGUAACUUACACCCAAGACAUCCCAUAUCAGAGAAAUCACCCCAGGCUGACAUUCCCUCAGUAGCAGCACCAGCAGAUCCUGGAUCCUCUGUAGCAGCACGCAUCCAUCAGAGAAAGGAACUUCAAGAGGAGAAGAGGGACUUUUAUAUAAUGAGCAUAAAGCGUGACUAUAAAAUUAAAAGGAGAAAUAUUGCUGCGAUGAGCUUUGGACCUGCAGCAAACACGUGGGUUUCCCUCCCUGCUUGGCAGUAUGUCAGAUGGAUGUUAUAUUUUCUUGCCUUUCAGUGCACACAGAUGUACACCUGCCUGUAUGUGACAUGGUGUGGAGGGCAGAGUGUAGCCCAGCAAGGGCAGGGACUCAAGAAGUCUAGCCAUGGCAGUCUGGCACCCAAGGCAGUUGGUCUAGAGCAAGUGUGGGUGCCUCUAGGCUCUCCCUCCUGUGCCAACACCACUUCUGACCGUGUCAGAGUGGUACAAUCUCUCAACCCAUCACUCUAGCCCAGCUCAGCUCUCCACCACAUGCCCAAGCAGAGAGCUCUGCAGCUGAGUGAACAUGACUGUCUCCACGCAGCACUACCCUAGGCCCUGGGGAUAAGCAGGAGAUGCAAGCCAAGGCUGAGCUGGAAGCUGUGUAGCUGUGUUGAUGUGCCUGUACCUGACUGUGUCUGUAAGCUAUGUGUGUGCAUAAGUUGUUGUGUGUGUGCAUGUGAGCCCGCAGGAUGCCUCUUUCAGGAGGUUGUUUGGUGGACCCAUCUCUUUGCUCCCAAACGUGACGUGAACCAGAAUCCAAUGAGAUUCUGACGUGCCUGGGAAGAUGCAAUGAGGCUUCAAGACUUGGGGUUUCCACAGAGAGCUUAGGUCGAUGCAGAGAAGAUAAGUUAAUUCAUCUGCCUCCACAGGUCUCCUUUGGAGCAACAAAUGAACAUCACAGAGGGGUUCAUAGCCACAUGGGGACUGGCAAGGGACCCUGGAGCUGAGUUCAGUCCUCUAUCUCCCAUAGUACAUAGCCCCUCAGUGAUGCCUCCCCCUCCACGUCAAAGCUCACUGAGUAUCUUUUCUUUCUGCUAAGGAAGGAGGUAUUUGGGGUGCUGGAGCUCUGUCUAUACCAGUAAGUUACUCAGUGCCAUGCCUGGGUGUUCAGUCUUGUGCUGCCCAGGUGGUGAAGGUUUAACUGGGUUGUGGCCAGACUGCCAGUUGGCCCCUGGACAAGACAACCUGUCACGAUGCCAUUUAGCUUACUAGUAGAGAAAUAGUCUUAUUUCCCCAUGGACAUCUUGAAAAAGAAAGUCUCGUUAAAAUUCUUCUUUGUUUACUUUUUUAAUUCUAAAAAUACAAAUCAAUUCAUGUCUCACAUGUUGACUUUCAGAGGCGUUUUCGAUCAAAAGAUAGCAAUGAUGACUUUUCAGUGACAAUAAUACCUUGGAAGAGAGGGACCAGUUCUCUCUAGGAUCAGCUAGAGUCGACUGUAGGGUGGACCUGCCUGUGGGCUCUUGUCUGGUAGCCAAACGUAGGAGGUUAGUACAAGCACAGUCUUAGGAGGUCAUUAUAUAUGGCAUUAGAAAUAUCAGACGUCUGGGUUCCAGACAUGUAUUUUCUGCAUUAAGUGGAAUGAGGGAUGGCUAUAACUGCCAGCUGUUUGUCAAAAUGCACAAUUUUUUAAUUAUAAAAAUAUGUCUGUAUUGA